UGUACCACUGCGGUCUCAUAUUUCGUAGUGUUUUAUUCGCAGUGAAACAAUUGUUUUAAUAAUGGAUUUAAAAAACUCGUGUCGCUGCUGUUUACUGCGGCCUCCGGACAAAGACUUGAAGAAGCCGUAUUGCCACUCGGGCAAGACCGAGGUCUACGCGGACAUGCUCAAGGAAUGCUUCGAGAUUCAUUUAACAACAGCAUCAAGCGACAGUGUCUGUGGGAUAUGUGAGGUGUGCGUGAGGCGGCUGCGGGACGCGAGUGACUUCAAGCUGCAAGUGCAGCAGAGUCAGGCCGAGUUGAAUGCGUCGCUGCGCAGAGCUAUGUCUGUAAAAGAUGAAGAAGCCUUGGUAAAAUCAGAAUUGUUGGACGUCGUGGAAAACGAGGCUUUCGUUCAUGUGGAAGUAAAACUUGAGAGCACGGAGGACCCUCUGCCCAAUGAUGAGGAUGAUGUCUUCAAGGAGUUUGUGUUAAACAUGGGACACAGAGUGUCAGAUGUUUGGAAGCCAGAGCCUCUAUUCGAGUUCGCCCCGAUCAUACCCCUCGCCGGCCCUUCUAUAAGCGCCCCGAAGCUUGAACAUGCCCAAAAUAACACAAAGAAGUCUCCAUUCACUCACCCAAACACCUGUGACAUUUGCGGGAAACGGUUCAAACUCAAAACUGCCCUCGCCAACCACCAACGUAAACACAUGAAUGCCCGAUACAACUGUGAAGAAUGCAACCAACAAUUCAAAUUUAAAGGCCAGCUAGACACACACAUAAACAUUUUCAUGAUGGCGUAAAACCAUACUUGUGCAAUACUUGUAACAAGCGAUUCGCACACAGGCGCGGCUUAUACAGACAUGUAAAAGUGAUGCACGAUAAAAGGCGGUUUCAAUGUGAAGAAUGUGAUAAACUAUUCACAGAUGCAUCUUAUUUGAAUAGACACAAAAUGUUACACAGAGGUGAGAUGCCCUUCAACUGCGAUAUAUGUAAAGCGAAAUUUAAAAGCAAAUAUAUGUUGGUCUCGCACAUGGGGCGGCAUACAGGACAGAUGCAUUAUAGUUGUAAAUAUUGUGAAUUAAAGUUUUGGGAUUACAAGAGUUUAUUGUAUCAUAGAAAAAUACAUACUAUGGGGGAUCUUGAAAGUUAUUGCUGUGAGGUGUGCCAGAAAGUUUUUACGAUAAGAGGGAGUUAUAUCAGUCAUCUAAAAACGCAUACAGAACGGGAACCGUUCCCCUGCGAGUUUUGUCCAGCAAAGCUGACGACUUUAGGCAGUUUGAAGCAGCAUAGAAAAAGACAUACUGGUGAACGACCAUACGCCUGCGAAAUGUGUAACAAGCAAUUCCGAUUCAAACACAACCUGAAAGCUCACAUGCCCAUACACACCGGUGAGAAAACACACUGCUGCGAAGUAUGCGGGAAGCAGUUCGCGAGGCCGGAUAACUUGAAGACGCAUUUAGCAAUACAUGUUGAAGGAAUUUCGUAUUCGUGCGAGCUUUGUACCAAAUCUUAUUCGACUAAGGAAGGUUUGCGACAGCACCGGCGAUCUCACACGAAGAAGAACGACUUAACUAAACCUUAUAGAAAAAAGCAAAAUAAAAUGAAUUCAUUGGAUUUUGAUCAAAGAGCAGAUGAUAUACAAAUUAUUCUUCAUUAAAGCAUUCUCCGAUUUUUAUGUACAGUCGUAAUGAUUGAGGAUCGCAGGGAAUAUAAAAAGGUAGAAUGAGAAAAAAAAAUGUUUAUUUAUGUAAAUACAGAUAUAAACUAAUUAAAAAUUCAAGACCUUGAACCCCUCACUCUUAGGACUGCAAGUCAUUAAAAUUAUGUCACAAAUAUAUUGUAAAUAAUAUUUCAAUGUUAAUGAAUUAUUAAUUGAUGUAU